UUCGAUGGAACUCCGGUGCAAAUAAAGCCUGUAUGCGGAAUUUAUUAGACUUUCCCCGCGAGCUCGAAUGCCGGGCGACGUGUUCGAGUGUUUACAUGGAGUGACUCGAGCUGCUUGACGGGGCUGAACAUAUGACUGAAAACCGUCGAAGAUGGAUGUCCUGCUGCCAAUAUUCCAGUUGUUAUACUUUGUUGCCCACUUCCUGGCCAGCUUGGCACUCUCAGUCCUCGACACCUUCCACCUCCUUCACCGAGUGUUCCUCCACGUGAGCGCAGUGUUAAGAGGAGGCAAUCUGCCUGUGCUCCGCAUACAAGCUGAUGCCGCACAGCUCAAGAAGAUCCCACAGCACUUGGGAUUGGUGUGCAUAGGGAAGCAAGUGUAUCACAUUUCUAAUCUUGCCAACGUGAUCACGUGGGCUGUUGGGUAUGGGGUACGCUAUGUCUCCCUGUACGACAUGCAUGGCACUCUAAAACGACAGCGAUCAGUGAUACUCCAGCACCUUGAAGAGGUGUGUGCCGACAUCAACUACACAGUGAUAACCCAUAACAGUGAAGCAAACCAAGCUAAAGACAUUGUAGAAAAUAGCAGGUCGGGGCCACAUGUAGUCGUAAAUCUCCUAAGCCUGACUGAUGGCAAAGGUAGCCUUGCAGCCACAGCCCGGCAGCUGAGCUCAGGAACCAGCAAAGUGAGUCAGGAGUUAUUAGAAUCCUUGAAAGUAACACGGGGCCAGCCAGAUCCUGAACUCAUUAUCACAAUAGGAGAACCCAUUUCAACCAUGGGGUUCCUGCCGUGGCAAAUUAGAUUAAGUGAAUUUUUUGCAGUUCCAUCUUUAAAUAGGUUUGAAUAUGGAGAUUUCCAAACCAUUCUUAGGCAAUAUUCUAAAUGUGAGCAGAGAUAUGGCAAGUAGAUUCUGUGUUAAUUAUACAGUUAAUGUCUUUUUUCUGUGUCUGUAUUAAUAAGAACUUAUGUGAUAUAUACAAGGAUGUUGUUGUUUGCAUGUAUGUCAAAUCUUCCAUGCCAGUAGUGUGCUUAAUUUUAUAAGAAUUGAAAAAAUAAAGGAGAUUCAGGAAAUAAUUAUAUUUAAAUUGAUAUAUGAAUAAUAUCUCAUGUAACAGAGGGGGAAUUAGAAAUUAAAUAUCAUUCCUGUUAUUGACAUUGUAUCUGGACUUGUAUAUCAUUAAUUUAUCAAGUAAGGGAUCAAAGGAGAGAUGGGAAGUUAUGAUAUUUGUUUAUAUUUUUGUAAAGUAAAGUAGUAUAACAAAUUCUAAAAAAAAAAAAAGAAAAAAAGGAAAAAAAACCUAUCCUUGUUCUUUGUUUUACAGAAUGCAUUACUCUUUUUCCCUCCCUUGUUUCUCAAUACCACGUGAUUUUUGGGAAUGAAGGACCCAGAAUUGAUGCUGUUGUGUGUUCAUAUUCCGUUUCCAAGCUAUACAACUCAGGUCAGUUAGAGAUGCAUUGUGAAGUGAGUCAGAAAUACAAAAAAAUUGAGUUCUGUUGCAUAAAGUAUGAGAUUUUUUGACCGUUGCUUGGUGGGUCUUCCCUUUUUUCUGGGGAGUGUAUGGAGUGCGCAUAAUUUGGUCCCAAAAGAUUCUUUUGCCUGUGAUAAGCUGUAAGAUUUUUUUUUGUUUUUUGUUUUUUUUGAUUGGUUUAGAUUGUUUAUGUAGGUCACUGCUCUUCCUACAAAGAGGAAGAUAAUAUACUCAUUAUUAGAAAGUAUGUGGUAAAGUACAUAUUUUAGUUCCUAAUCCAAUGAAAAAGGUGUUUACAUCAGUAUUGCCAACAAUAUAGUUUUUUCUUUCAUUCCUGUUAAUUUUAUUUAUUGCUUUAUUUUCAUUAUCGAUGUCAGGAUAUCACACUCUGAGUUGAAAGAUCACAUUAGGAAGACUACUGAAACAGAUACAGAGCUCUUUCUAUUAAUUUUCCCCUUAGAAACACCAACUUCUACCAUGUUACCAGUUGAUCCUUGUUCUGGAGUGCAUACGUGAUUGAUACAUUUACAGUAUUUUUUUCCGUCAUAUUGUCAGUUGUUAUUGAUACAUAUAUACAUUAUAUGUGAUAUGAAUAUAUUUCCUUGUCUUGCUCUUAAUACAGGUUGAGAGCUUGAUUUUCCUCCCAGUACGGGAUUAAUUCUAGUAAUAUGUGUUUGUCCUUUUUACUUUUGUCCAAAUAUGGUUGAAGACACUAUUCCCUCUGAGACUACAGAUGGCAUUCUCAUUGUCACUGGAAAAUGCCUCAUUAUUAUAAGUUUAUGCUGCAACAUGGAAAAGAGGAUACACAGUACAUACACUGCCACAUAGGUUGGUUGGUUGGUAGGUUGUUUUUUGUUUUGUUUUUAGAAAAAAAAAACUUUGGAUUGUUACAGUCAGGUCCUGAUAGGAGGGCAAGUUAAAGAACUACAAUUUUAGAAUAAAACAGGUUUGAGCACCAUUUACCAGUGUUACACUAGUAUUAUUAGUUGAUAUUCUCUCAUUUGUCAACUAAAAUAAUGAUAAUAGGUUUUUAUAAUUCACCAUAGUUCUCUCUGAUAUGAGGGAAUCUGUAGUACUGUACUAUUAAAUGUGCAGAUUCCACAUGAUGCAAAAACUACAUUUUCAGGAGUAAAAGUUGUAUACUCUUAUCAUUACAUACUUCUGAAGACUUAUCUCAGGUAGAGGAAAGGGGAGAAAAGACCUUCCAUACUCAACCAUCAAAUGUUCUUUGAGAUCAUUUAUAUGAAUACUUGAUCUUUUUUUCUAAAGAAUAAUAAUUAGACUGAUAAUAAAAACAUUGAUUUUGGGAUCAGGAUUGGGAUAUAACUUUUUUUUUUUUUUUUUUUCUUCUUUUUUUCUUUUUUUUUUCUACAUGAAACACGUGACAACAAAGAAGACAUUUGUGAUUUUGAUGUAAAGACAGACAGAUACCUUUAUAGGUGGCUGAGAGCAUUAUCUACAGUGAUGUUAAUUGCUUUCUUCAUAUAUCUCCCUUUUGUUAUAUGAGGGUAAUAUUUUUUGUAUCAGAAACUAACAAGUAAUUUUGAAGCACUUACCAAAUACUUAUAAAAUUAGAUUCCGUUCUUAAACGUGAUACCAUUCAUUGUUUUUAUUUAAAAUCAUAAAACCUUCCCAAGUAUCAGUUUCUGUCAGCGGUUCCCCAUUUUAAUUUUGUGCUAAAAUUGAGGUCCUCCCGUUAUGACAAUGUUAAAUUUUAAGUUCUUCCAGCCAUUUUAAGUACAAAUAGUGUGCAGUUGUAAAGCCCACGGCAUUGUAAUAUUUUAUUAGGCAACCUAGAGUCAUACAAGGCAAGAUAUAUGUGGACACAAUAUAAUUCUGCUAGUGUUAUUGUAGCCUUAAAGACCAUUUCAUAUGUACGCAGAGUACAGAUCAGAUCCUUGUCAAGCUUUAUUUACUGUGAAUUUUUUCCCCAAGGAUGUACAUAUGUAUCUCUUGUAUUGUUGCAGCAUUUGGCAUCAUUAUUUUUCCAUUGUUUACAAAGUACUUAAAGAGGAGAAAGUGAAAUUUGGAAAAGCAGUUUACAUUCAGAGAGAAGAUGGUUGUGGCUGCAGAAAUAUCUGGAGAAUUUUUCUUCAUUUUGGCCUGUUUCAUGUGCAUAUUAAAGUCAUUCACGAUAUACAUAUACAUUUUAGUGAGUACAUAUGUAUAUAUUUAAUGUAUGUAUCUGGAUGUAAUAUGUGUAUCUGUCUUAUGAAUGUAUGCAUGACUAUAUCUCUGUUUAUCUAUCUCUUUAUCUAUAUAGAUAGAUAUAUGGGUAUAGAUGUAGUUUUAUAGAGAUAUAGAGAUAUAUAGAUAUAUAGAUAUAACCUGUCUAUCUAUAUAUUUGUGUAUAAAUGUAUAUGUAUAUGUUUACUGUAUGCAAGUUCUCCAUGAAAUUACACAAUUUGUUUACUGUUAAAAUUUUCCAAAUAUAAAGUGAAUUUAGAAUAUAGAGAUCAAUUUACCAGGAACAACAGUAACUCACAUUUUUGUCUUUGUAGAGAGAAAUGUCUAGACAUAUUUAUAAGCAUAAUAUUUUUGGGUAUUUGGGCCCAAUUAUGUAAGUUUCCCAGCCAGUUGAAAAAUGCAUCUGUUUAUGAUUUCUCUGUUCAUAGAAGAGCUUUUAGAGAGUGACUGCCUCUUUGGAAAAAAUUUCUUUUUGUGAAGUAAAUUUUAUUUAAGAGAAUAGUGCCUUAUGAGGAUGAUGCUUGAAAAAAAUAGAAGUUUUAGUCCUUGUAUAAUUACCCUCCCUUCCAGGUAUCAGAGAGUAACCAUAAAAGUAAAUUGUAUUUUGCAAAACAAGAUGCCAUGUUUGCAGAGAAUCCCCAGAGAAAUUAGCAAAGAAUUCACUUUUUGUAACUGAACAAAUGAAAAAUGUAUGGGUAAAGAAGGAAGAAAAUGAACUGUAUGACAAGUACUGAAAAAAGAGCACAGCAAAUUCAAACAAUCAUGUCCUGUAUACUGGGUGCAUAAUUUUUUAAGGAUUAAUUUGUAUAUUAGCAGUUCUUUAGUACAGACUGUCAGUGCAGUGAAAAAAACAAGUAUUUAUUUUGUUGCAGUUGAAUAGGCUGUUGUUGAAUAACAGAUUUGUAGCAGUUUUGCAGGCAAAUCUAUAGAUGUGAAAUAAAUUAUAUGUAUAUAUUUUGGUUUCCAGAUUUAUGUACAAAAUGUACUUCUGUUGUUUUGUGUUGGAGCCCUUUAGAAUGUUUUGUUAUUUAUGUACUAAUGAAUGUUAUUUCAUUAAUUUACCAAGGAUAUCUUAGAAAUAUAAUUUACGAAGUUAAAA